AUUAUCUGCGCAUGCGCAACAGCCUUACCAUCGCUAAAGCGCCGCUUGUGGCGGUCUCCUUGGCUCAUUUAGAGCAUUCCAUACAAACGCAAACAAUUAAAACCUAGGAAGCUAAAGUGGCUGAAAAUACAUCGGCGGGUCUGUAUUUCGCGUCGUCACAUCAGACUAUGUCAUACUCCGGGGACAUUUUCCAAGGUUAAUCCGCUUUGGACGUCUUAUUUGUCAAGGAUAUGAGCGCGCUUAAGUAGCAGUGCAGUGGCGGCACUGAACCGUCGCCUCGUCCGUGGUCACCAUGAAGAAAUUAUUCAGCUUUUCCAAGAGGAAACAAUCACCAUCUGGAACACCCAACAGAGCAAAUGUAGUCUCUGUCGGCUACGAAGUGAAAGAAAAGGACCUGGGAAAGUUUCACAAGGCUGCCUGGAAGGGAGAUGUGUCCAAGCUGGAGCAUCUUGUCAAAAGCAAUGAUGUCAAUCAGGCUGACAAGCAGAACAGGACAGCACUACACAUCGCUUGUGCCAGUGGAAAUUCUGAGGUGGUGAAGUUACUCGUGGAGAAAAAAGCCAAGCUCAAUUUAUGUGACAAUGAAAGUAGGACUGCCUUAAUGAAGGCAGUGCAAGGCCAGCAUGAUGUCAUUGUGAACAUCCUCCUGGAAAACAAUGCCGAUGCCAACCUGAUGGAUGUGAAUGGCAACACGGCUUUACAUUUAGCAUCCAUCAUCCCAUCCAUCUCCAUUGUUGACCUCCUGGUGAAGCACGACGCUGACAUCAAUGUCUACAAUAAGGAGGGUCUUUCACCGCUGACUGUGUCAGUCCAAGAAGACCACCUAGAGGUGGCUGAGUUUCUGUUGAAGAAUGGAGCUGAUGUUAAUAUUUUGGAUAAAGACCACAGGUCACCAUUAAUGAUUGCUGCUGGCAAUGGACAAAUCAGCAUGGUGCGAAUGCUCCUGCAGUUUGAUGCAGAUAGUAUGCUUAAGGAUAAUAAAGGACAAUCAGCUGAGGACUACGCAGCGAUAGAAAGCCAUCAUCCUUGUGCCCUCCUCAUUGCCGAGCACGGUACCAAAAGAAACCAGGCGGCCUCCCUGUCUCAUCCAGGUCCAAGUAAAAAGAGGGCAAAAUCAGAGAUGGGCAAUCCUUCCCGAGGCCUCAACACUGACCUCUCUGUAGGAGGACCAGCCUUGGACAAAGAUGACUUUGAGGAUAAUUCUCAGGCUGAGUCACUAAGUCGGCUCUCCAAAAAAGGCGGUACUGACGAAUGGGCUUCAUCUGAGGAGGACUGUGAAUCACUUAUAGAGGAAAAGACCCCACCAAAGAUGAACCUUAGGAAAAUGCUAGAAUCCAAACGAGGAAAAGCCGAGCGUCUUUCAAGCAAAGGUCAUCCAUUAGCGCAGCUGUCAGGAAGUCAGUCCAGUUCGGAAUCUGAUGCCCAAAGCUCAGAAGACGAGGGCUCUGAUGAGGAAGAUGAUGAUGAUGAUGAAGAUGACGAGGAGGAAGAUUAUGAGGAAAGCAGUGAUGAGGAAAGUGAAGAGAUAGAAGAAGAGGAGGACUCUUGUUUGGCUUCUGUUCAGUCCAACUCAUCUUCUGUAGAAGAUGCACAAAAGCUGUCUCUUCUGAACAUGAGUGCUGAUAGCAGAAAAGCUCAGAACAUACACAAUUGCAACCCCGUGAACAGCGCCAGUCCUCAUCUUGGUGUGGAUGAGCCUCAGGAGAAUUCAGGAGUCGACCAAGACUGUGUUGUGUCGGCCGUAAGAGUCGACUCCAGAUAUUCUGAUGAGGAUGACAGCAUCGGGAGGGAAACAGUGCAGAGUCGAGAGAUAAUUCAGACAGUUCUUGAUGCGAUACCAGCUUCCAGUCAAAGAAAUGUAGUACCUGAGGGUGAGAGAACUUCUGAUGAUGGCGGUGAAGAUGACCGCUCAAACAAAGAAGAAAAACGCAGAUCAUCCUGGGGCUCCUCCUUAGAAGAUUCCGACAUUGACGGCUCAGCAAGAGAGCUAGCCCAGGAGUCAUCACAUUCAAAUAAAGGUAGCAACUCACCACAAAAAAACAACACCAAGGAACAAAAACCACCUGAAGCAACACCCAAGUGUAAGAGUAAACUUGCUACAGAUGUUGAAGACUCCAAUUGGGAUUCUCCGUCUGAAAGUGAUGAUUCACGAGCUGCUGGAGGAAGUGCAAAAGCCACUCCAGGGGAACAGUUCGUUGGAGGCACCCCCAUUCUUCAUGAGUCAUCAGAAUAUGAAGAUGACAACAAUACUGGGAACCAACGAUCCAAGGACAAACAAGGUAGCAAGAAUAGCUGUGCUGAUAAAGGGAACGACUGUGUGGAUCUUCUCAGGACACCAAGAAGUUUAAAAGUUCAAAGUUCAUCAGAUAAGAUGGCAGUCCAAGUAAGUCUCUCCAGACUUCCAAAGACGGCCAUUGAAGCAGAUGAAAAGUUUAUCGCUGAUGGCGGUGAUACGUACCUACCUAAUGGGGUUAGCACAGUUAGGGAGGAAGAGAAUCCGCCCAUCAAUGUUGAUGUCGCCGUAGGUCGACGUCAUUCAUAUGAAAGCCUCUUUUCUGAAGCAUUGCCCCACACAGACAUUGACGAUGUUGAUUUGGACUCGCCCGAUGAGGUAGAGAGCUUGAUGCAUCCAGAGGAUAGACACAUUGAAGGUGUCGCCGUCCAGAAAAAGGAGCCCAGUGAUGCUGAUAGUGAUGAUAGUGACAAUGAAGAGGAGGAGGAAGAACAAGAACAGGAGCCACAAGAGGAUAUCUUAGGUGACCAGUCUGAGGGAAGCGGAGACCUCCUACAUGUCACACCAGGCGUUCCUGAAAGAGAUGUUCCUAAAGAUAUGAAAAGAGAUUUGGGCCUAGAGAAGAAAGAGGAAGAUUCUUGGGAUUCUGAGCAUGAAGACAAAGACAUUGUGCAAGUGGAGAAUCAAGAGAUGUCUGGAGACACAGGAGAAAAAUUAGAAGAAGACUUGUUGUAUAUUCCCUCAUUUUUAAGAGGAGGCAAGUGGAUGCCAGAGCCUUGGUGGAGUAGAGGCGGGCUAAAAGACAGCCUGAGAGAGGAGGGCCUUCCUUCUGCUUUGGUCAAAAAUAAACACAGUAAUGAUGCUGAAGGUGUUCAGAAGGAGGACGGUACACAAAAAGAGAGUGAAGAGACCAAAUGGGGACUGCUUUUGAGCAAAUGUGAAGGGAAAAGCAAGGAUAAAAUAGACUUGAUGGAUGAACUUGGUCUGGGAGAGUUUGACUAUGCUGAAGAUGCAUCGGACUGGGAUACAUCCAGCAAUGCCAGUAAGAGGAGUCUCCCUGGAUGCACCAAAACGUCCCCAACACCCAAAGUCCCAGAAUGCUCCAGUAAGGAGAAGGCGGUCUCUCCUCAAGUGCCCAUUGCUACGCCAAGGAAAAUAGGCACAUCUCCUCAUCCUCAACCUCGUACAAACAAGAUCGAGCCUGAAGAGAGUGACAAAUCAGACUGGGACCAAGACAGUUCAUCUUCAUCAUGCAAUGAGGCCAAAACUGACAAUCACCAGUCUCAGGUAGCGGUUAGGCCAGGCUCCCCAGAGCUCUCAGCAAUGGCAAGCGGGGACAAGGAGCAGCAACAUAAGCAGGACAAAGAUGAUGCAUUAGAGUCAUGUAACCCAUGCACAACCGGCCAUAUGGGCUCUGAUGGUGGAAAUGACAGUAACGAUCAGCAGAGUCCAGAAGAGAGGCCUAAUGAUGCAGUUCUACCCAAGGCGAAGUGUGAAGAUCUCUGGGAAGAAGUCGAGAAAAUGGAAACAAAACCCACCUUCUGUAACAUUGCUGGAGAUUUAAAGGAGGUUAUCUCUGCCGAAGAAGAGUCAAGUGAUGAAGAAGAAGGGGAGGUGAUUUUACGGCCCAGAGCUAGAGCAAGGAGGCUGGUCCUCCUUUCUGUACCUGAACAGAAGGAGUCUGUAUCAGAAGAUUCAGACAAUUCCCUGAGCGAGAACAUACCAGACUUUCAGCUCCCUGAAGAACCAGAAGAAGAACCCAUCUCCAGUGAGUUACCACAAGCCCUCACAGCAAAGAAGAGCAGUAUUGCCACAUUUAAUGACACCAAACAUGGACCUUGUCAGAACGUUCAAACAGAAGAACCUGAGAAUAGCCACACCAGCUCUGACAAGAACCUCAAAGAGCUUUCCAAGUCCCAGCCUCUACGGCCAAGCAGACUUUCAGCAUCCCUUCCUAUUGUUUCUGAUGAAGAAGAUGAAGAUUGUCCUGAAACUCAAGAAGGAAAACUCCAAAAAGAGCUUGUCAAAGAGACUGCAAAGGCUGCUGUUUCAAUGAAAACCAUCAGUGAGUACAGUGACACAGAUGGAAGAGCAUCAGAGGAACUCGCCAAUGAGAAACCUGAGAUCAGAUCAGUGAGUUGCAAAGAGAUGUCAAGGCAAGCUGAGGCCUCUCAACAAGCACAGCCACCUACAACUUCUGAGAGCAGCAGCAGAGCACUGGUGGAAUCACAACUCUCACGUCAGCGCAACUCCCACAUCAGCAAAGCAGAAGCACAGGCUGGAGGGAAGCCGACGGCGGUGAGCAAGACCCGUCGAACCCCUCAGACUGAUGCCAGAGAGCUCUCUGUGUUUGACGACAGCACUUUGAGUGACGUGUCGGAAGAUGAAGGAAGGGGCCGAACUGGAGAAGAGAAGAAAAAACAGAAACACAAAGAAAUUGAGAUAUCCGAAGAUCUGGAUGAGCUCAACUCGUCGUCUGACAUGACCACGGAUGACUCUGACUUUGCCACUCCAGGCCAUGGAUGUGGCUCUCUCUUCAUCCAGAACCUAGACUCAGUCACAACAGACUCCAGAAGCAUGGUGAAGCUGCAGAACAUUUUCCACAAAUAUGAGCGCUCCAUUCAGAAGGCCAAAAGCCGCCACGCCUACUUUGCGGACAAGGUGAGCCUCCUGGAAAGCGAGAAGGCGCAGUUGAGAAGCUCGCUGGACGAGAUCAAAGACGUUAAAGCCCUUUUGGAGCGCAAUCGGCUAGAGUUGCAGGCUGAAGUCACAAACCUCAAAUUUCAGCUAAGACAGGAGCAGGAAAACGGCCAUAAUGCCACCAUGAUGUACAACACCACCGGAGAUAAGCUGAGGAGAACAGAGGAACAGCGGCAGGUGGAGGUUCAGGAAAAGCAGAAAGUGGAGCUCACUCUCAGAAACCUGGAGCUGGAGAUGCGAAUACUUCUCAACAGCAAGAAACAGCUCGAGGAGGACCACAGUCAGACCCAGACGCUGUUGGCUCAGGAGCGAAGCGCACGGACCGUGCUGGAGAAUCUGCUAAACAAUCACGUGCGCAAGCAGCAAGAGAUAGAGGAGGAGAACAAGAGGAACAUAAGCAAGAGUAACGAGGCCUUGUCUCAGCUCACCGAGGCCAGCGACAGGGAGCGUGAGCUACUCCAGCAAAUUUCCAUAUUUCAGGAGCAGCUGAGCAAGCUCAGAACAGACCUUGAAAGUUCCCAGGCCAGCAGCAGCAUUAAGCAGAGAGACCUCCAGGAGGAGAAUAAGGCCCUCAAGGAGCAACUGGAUGAGGCUCGGCGAGCUCUCAAAGUCAACAGCGAUGCCCUGAACCAAAGCGUCCUGGACUUCAACAACCAAACGGCCACCUUGAAGUCCGAGUUGACCGUGACCGCAACCCGCCUGGAGAAUGAGCGCCAGUCGCGCGAGACGAUGGCGGUGGAAUUGGAGUCGGUCCGCACUCGCUUGACCGUGGCUCUACAAGAGGCGGAGCGUUGCAUGGGAGCUCGGUCGGACACAGAGAAAGCUCUACUUUGGGAGAAAGAGGAACAUCAUCGUCUUAAAGAGAGGCUCUCAAGUGAUGCUUCCAGCCAGAAUGAAGCAAUAAGCAGCCUCUCUCAGAAGCUGGCCAAGGCAGAGGCACAUGCAAACAGCAUGGAGAACCAGGCCCAUCAGGCCACGCUGCAGCUGACGGAGAAGAACCUCCUGCUGAACACCAUGCAGCGUGAGAACGACCAGAUAGCUGCACGCGUCAAAGACCUGGAAGCUACUCUGCAUGCCGAGAAGGAGCUGGUCACUCGGGCCGGAGCGCGCCAGGAGGCCACACAGGAGCGCUUAGCCCAAGCCCAGAGUGAAGGCAUGUUGCUACGGCAACAGCUGGAAGAAGCCCAAAACAAAGGUGUUGCAAAGGAGAACGCUGUGACAGACGCCCAGAAGAGUUUCACUGACAUUUUGUCCAAGCUUCGCUCCGACUGUGAGGAGAGAAUACAACUUGUACAGGACAGGAAUCAGGAUCUGGCUGCUAAGGCUGUUGAGCUUCGAGAACGCAUCCACCAAUUAGAGGAGGAGAAAAAUGAUACAGAAGCUAAACAAAGGCAGCUGCAGCAGGACUUAGCAGACUCGUUAAAGAAGCUAUCAAUGUGUGAAGCUUCACUGGAGAUCAACACCAGAUAUCGUAAUGACCUGGAGGAAGAGAAGACUCGGCUCCUCAAAGACAAGGACAAUCUACAAGGAAAGUUGGAGGAAAGAGAAGUGCAGUGCUUACAAGCUGAGAAACACACCAACGAGCUAAAGGCUCUUCUGAUUGAAAGAGACAAAGAAUUCUGCGCCGCAGUUCAGAAACAGCAGGAGGCGCUGUCUGCUGCGGCUGCCUCCGAUAUCACUGUCAAACAGUUGGAAGAGGCUGUGCAAAGGCUGGAGAUUGAGAACGUCAGGCUGGAGGCUGCUGCAAAGCAACAGUCCAACAAACUAGAGGCCCUUCAGAAAUGCUCCGAGGAGGCGGCAAAGCUCUCUGACAGUCCAAAUGGAGGAAUGGUCAGAGCUCAUUUGGAGGAUUUGGUGACAAACCUUCAAAGUAGUAAGAUGACAUUAGAAGACCAACUCAGUAAAGAGGUGCAGAAGCAAAGCUUGCUGUCAAACAGCGCCCAGGACUCUCAGGCCAUGUGGGAGGAGGAGCUGAAGAGCCGCUCCAAGCUUGGACUGCGUCUAACGGAGCUUGAAAAAGAGAAAGGGGAACUCACCAGCCAGAUGGAAAUAGAGAAGAAGAAAGCCAAGAAAGCAGUAGAGCAGAAGAAGGCUGUUGACUCUCGUCUGGAACAAGAGAUGGAGAGAAACACGGCGCUUCAAAAAGAAAUAUACAGGCUACGAACUGUACUUAAGACUGCUAAGAAGAAGCUGCGGGAUCAGGACAGAGGCGCUGGAGCUGACUUUUCCUCUCCAAUGAGCAGUCUCAGGAUGGAGCUGGGAAGACACAGCCAGACUGAUGGAGGUUUUGAAGGAAGGAAGGAAAAGGUGAAUGACCUGCAUGGGGAACUGGAGAGGGGAGGGUACCAAGGCGGCCAAUUGGACAGGAGGCUGCUGGAAGAGGAGGUACAGAACCUUAAACGCAGAGUGGAGUCCUCCCAGGUGGAACAGAGGCAGAUGGAGCAGUACCGUAUUGAGAUAGAGGAGAAGGCCAGACAGGAAAUAAGACACAAACUACAGGAAGUCAACCUCUUCUUGCAGUCCCAGGCAGCAACCCAGGAAGCACAGGACCAGAUUAAAGCCACUAAUGAAGCCAGCCUGCGCUUAAAAAUCCAAGAGCUGGAGAGCGAACUGACCCGAACCAGAAACGUCCAACAUGACACCCUCAACCAGAGGGAAUCCACGCGUUCUGAACUGGAGCGAUACAAAGAACUGUACAGAGAGGAGCAGAAGCUCCGCAAGUCCUUGUCUGCUGAUCUAAAAAGGACUAACCAUCAGCUCACAGAAGCCAGUUCCAGGUUGGUGAACGAGCACAGCAGGUCUCUCAUCGCCUCCACGGGACCACCAGGGUGUGUGGGCUCCCUGACUUCAGCAGCCAGCAUACUGGGAAGUCCAUACAUGGGCUAUAACUCAAGACUGCUCAGCCCUUCUGUGGCUGAAGGACAGGGCAGCAGUGUGGAGGACUACUUAGCCAUGAUGCAGCGUCAGUUGGAUAGAAGCAUAUCAAGAGAACUAAAUAAAGCCUCAGCGGAACUUGACAUCUCCUUGGCCCGCAUGUCUCCAGUGGGCUCUGCUUCCAGGAUGGAGCUGGACCCUGUUAGCAGAGCAAAGCAGCAGUACUUGGAGGUCCUGAAGAAGAACCAUGAGGUCUAAGAACCACUAGGGAUAGUCCCAGCAGUAAAAGAUUGAGGUAGACAUGACAAAGAACUUACUGGGACAAGUUGACUGACCUCACAUGGAGGGGGAUUCACACGUAAAUAUAAUGCACAUUGCACUUAAGCACUCAGGGAGUAAUCGGCCACACUCUUAGAUGCUCUCAUUCAAUCUGAGGAGAUACAAUAAAUAUCAAUCAUUAAGAGAUCUUAUUAGAUGGGAGAUAAAUCUACUGUCAUGUUGUGGCUGUUCAGUACAUGUACACUAUGUACACCAUAUGCUGUAUGUUGCCUCAUUGAAGGGAAUCUUUAGCAUGCAUUUUUCGCUUAGUUUUAAUCAGCAACAUGCAGUAAUCAUGUGUUUUAUUUCUCAUCCUGCUUUGGUUCAUUGAUUGUUUUUCAAUGUAAUGUUUGUAUCACUAUACAGUUUACCUUAUUUGGGACGUGCCAUCAAAUGGUGAAAUAUUGUCUUGCUUUACGUUUUAGGUAUAUUUAUGGUGUGUUUUAUUAGAGGUGAAAGUAUUAUUUGUCCAUGUCAGAAUAAAACAAAAAAAAGAUAGAUUUUUAAUCAUAUCAAUGAAACUUCAACUUGAGAGCAUUUUUGCACUACAGCAAAAUUGUCCAUCCAGUUUUUUGCUCUGCUGCUUGCUAAAUUUAUUGUAGUUACCAUAAAUACAGUUAAAAACAUUUUUUUUUAAAAGCUAUAUAGGAUUAUGAAUACUGUAUAUCCUAGGUUCCCAAAGUGAGGUACACGUACCACCAGGGGUACACCAAUUGUCAUUGGGGGUACUUGAAUAAAUAAAUAUGGAAAACAAUUUGCAUCUAACCCUCACAAUUACGUCUCAUUGCACAGCGCACGGCAGUAGCAGAAAGAAGGAAGCAUGACGUUCUUCAUUUCUCUGUGUGAGUUAUAUGAAUAAGUAAGUAAGUUGGAUGAUUAUUGGUGUAUCAAGAGUUUUUAAUCUUGAAGGUUGAAUUUAUAUUGGUGUUCCAAUCCCUGCACUGUAAAAACCUGUCAAUGUACUGUAUGUGCGUGUCAGGAGAGAUUCCCCUGAAAAUGAGGUUUUAUCGCUGCUUGUAUGUAUUUUUGUACUUUGGAUACUGCUUUAUCAUGUGUGUUCCCUUUCAAUUCAGUAUUAAGUCAAGUAAUAUGCAGA